CAGAAUUGCCAACUAAGCAGCCUUCUACUUGGUGGCUUCGAACCCAAUAUCUAGAAAAACCUGUCGAUAACUCGAUAUGCCAUCCGCGAUGCCCUCUCGUAAUGAAACGUCAUACCUCCUGAACCAGCUCAUCAUAUCUCCUUCAGAUGCGGACUACCUAGAUCAAUUGAUCCCUUCAAUCAAAGAAUACAGCAUUGGCAACAGAACAUCCAAACUUCUGCAAACUCUGUCUAGAUUUGCUAGUGACAAAGAGGCUGAGAUAGAGUCUAUUUGCAACACAAAUCAUCAAGAAUUCGUUACUUCUGUGAAUCAUCUUCUCCGUAUUCGAGAAGGCACUGUCAGCUUAACUGCCGAGAUACUGGAUCUCAACCAGUCCAUACAAGCCAGCACGGAGAGGUUAGCUGAACAAAAAAGAGCUUUAGUAGACUCCCGGAGUCACCGGCAAAAUAUCGAUGAGACAUCACGAGCCAUCCAGGAUUGUCUUGAGGUCUUGCGUCUCGCAAAUCAGGUCCAUGAUUUGCUCGCAAAAAAAAAUCACUAUGCUGCACUUCGCGCUCUUGAAGAGUUACAAAAUGUCCAUCUCAAAGGUGUGACACAGUAUAAGAUUGCUGAUAUGAUUCAAAGCUCUGUGCCCGCAAGCCAGAAAGCAAUAGCUGAAGCAGUCAUGUCUGAUCUUAAUACUUGGCUGUACAGAAUUCGGGAGAUGUCUCAAUACCUUGGGGAGAUUGCUUUGUAUCAUACGGACCUGAGGAAAACUAGGCAAAAAGAAAGGACAGAGAAAUACCCCUAUUUGAGCCAAUUCAAGCUAAAUUCGGCGAUAGAGCUGGUUUCAGAUGAGAGUGAAGAAUAUGAUCUCUUGCAGAACGAGGAACUUCAAGUUGAUUUCACGCCGCUAUUUGAAUGCCUCCAUAUCCAUCGGUCUCUUGGACAUAUGGAUAGAUUCCGAGUUGAAUAUACCAAUACACGGCGUCGGCAAAAGGAGCUCUUAGUCCCUACAGCCAUAACGCUUGUUGACGAGGAUGGAGCGAGUCUUCACAAUCUUCUUGAAGAAAUGGCGGGCUUUGCCAUUGUCGAACGUUCCACAAUGAAGAGGGUUCCGGACCUCAGAUCGCCAGUUGAUGUCGACGAACUCUGGGAUUCGAUGUGCCAAACUGCCGUUGGCCUGAUAUCAAAGGCACUUCAUGAAGUCGACAAUGCCGAAAGUCUUCUAAAAAUUAAAAACCUUAUUGCCUUGUUUAUGCAGACAAUGAAUACCUGGGGCUUCCCUGUUGGGGUAUUCGACGACUUUCUCCUGACUCUGUUUAGGAAAUAUGCUGAGUUGCUCAAGAAACGAUUCAGUGAUGAUUUCCAAGAGAUAGUAUCAACCGAUGACUAUAUGCCGAUGCCAAUUCAGACAAUGGAGGAAUUUGACAAAGUAUUGAAUGUCAGCUGGUAUAGCCCAGAUAAACCAAGACAAGAACAAGUGUUUCCCUGUGUCUUGCCGUUUUCUCAAAUGUAUCCAUUGUGCUGCAUUGACAUCCGAAAUUUCUUGAAUCAGUUUUACUUCUUUGCAAAUGAUGACUUCUCACAUCCUACUGUUAUCGACGAGACACUGAGAGAUGCCCUGGAUGAACUUUUGUCUAACAAAGUUUGCGACACCCUUGUUGAGCGGCUCUCCUCACAGUAUUUAGGGCAAAUUGUGCAAAUACUGAUAAAUCUGGAACAUUUUGAGCUCGCAUGUCGCGAACUUGAGCUGCUGCUUGCUGCUGCUAGAUCACAGAAUAUCUCAGGUGAUGUAGUCAACUUAAAUGCUACUGAAAAAUUCAAGAGCAACAAGAAAGCAGCAGAGAAACGUAUCUUUGAGGUUGUGAAUUCCAAGAUCGACGAUCUUAUUGAAACAGCCGAGUAUGACUGGAUGGCAUCCGUACCACCCACAGAGCCAAGCAAUUACAUGCAGACUUUGACACGCUUCCUUUCCAACAUCAUGAAUUCAACGUUGCUUGGACUUCCAACUGAGAUCAAGGAGCUUAUAUAUUUUGAUGCACUCAGUCAUGCGGCAAACAUGAUCCUUGCACUUCCUCUUUCUGCGGAAGUUAAAAAGAUCAAUCCGAACGGCGUGAUGGCGCUUGCAAAAGACGUCGAGUACCUAUAUCAGUUUGUUGACAGCCUUGGCGUUCCUAUACUUCGGGAAAACCUUGAUGAAUUGCAACAGACAGUCCAGUUGAUGCAGGCGGAUAAUACUGACGAGUUUUACGACAUCUCCACCCGAAAUAAAAAAUAUGGGCGUGUGGAUGCCAUCCAUGGUCCCAUAUUAUUAGAAAAGAUCAUACGCACAGUUCAAAGCUCCACCAAGACUGAUAAAUUUACGACACUUUCAUCGAGAUUUGGCAAGAAAACAUGAAUUGCCCUCAUCACUUUACAAUCCACCCCCCUGUGGCGUCAAAUGAUGAUACUCCUUACAUCACAUAUCAAGACAAUACAUUGCGUGGCUGAACAGGGCAUGAGAUCUGCUGCGCAAGGUCUUUAUAGUCCUUCGCAAUGGAUGGCAAUUGGAACACACCUAGUGAUAUAGCCUUUGACAGAAUAACAGAAUCAAUAUCAUAGCGUAAGUAGGAUACGAUACUUUUAUAUGCCACCCAGCUGUAUCUGGUGCAUUCACUAUUGUAUUCAACAUAUCAGCGAACGGAAAGUUUUGCAGGUGUAAAAUGAGCCGUGGAUUAAACAUAGAACUCCUUUGACUGUGAUCAAACUUACCUGCUGAGGCGGUAAAUGCGGGUAAGCAGCAUACAUUCCUUCGAACAUUUGGGGUUGAUGCUGGCCAUAAGCACCUGUCGGAUCCGAUUGAACGGCCCCCGCAUACAUUGCUGGUUGGCGAUAUU